UGUUUUCGAAUAGCGUGUUUUCUUCCAGGCUGGUUGUCCCGAGCGCUCCACACGGUAAACAUGGCGUUGGUCUUCACAGUCAUCCGGGUGCUGCUCGGGCUGUUUUUCACGCUGGCCGGAGCUGUCAAGCUGACCGAUCAGAUCUCAGAAGACGUGUACAAACAGCUGCGCUCUCAGUUUGUUCAGUUUGCGGAGGUGUUUCCGCUGCAUGAUUUGGGGGUGCAGCCGGACCCCCUCCUCUACCUGCAGGUGACCGGCUGGGUGGAGCUGCUGGCCGGGCUGCUGCUGGCCUUCGGACCCCGACUGCUACAGACGCUGAGCAACCUGGUGCUGUCUGUCGUCAUGAUCGGAGCCCUCUUCACCCUGAUAAAGUUGGGGGAGCCCCUCUCGAUGUGCACCCCGGCCACGGUCUGCCUCGGGCUGCUGCUGCUGCUGAUCCUGCGUGGGAGUGGACCGAGGGGCCGCAGGGUCAAGGCAGACUGACCCCUGACCCCUGACCACAGAGACACUGACCACGUGGAACAGAUUACAGUCUCUUCAAGACCAGACACAGAGAUUAACAAACACUCUCCUACACACACACACACACUCACACACAGAGACAGACACACACAGAGACACACACAGAGAGAGACGUGUCUGUGUGCCAUGUGAACGAGCUCCACGGCGUGGCUCUGUGUGUGAAGCAGCAGUGUUUGUUUUAAACUCUUUUCAUUGCUUUAUUGAUACAAACUAUUUUUUUUUUUUUUUUUACAAUGAAUCACACUUUUUCUCUUUUUUUAAUUUGCUGUCUUCAGCAUAUUCUUUAUGAGACGGGGAUGCUCUGAGUGUGACUCGUCUUGGGAUCCUUAUUGAGGUGCUUUCUAUGAGAUGCAUUGUAUUAAUGAAUUAUAUUGAGAUGCAGUGUAUUAAAGAAUUGCAUUGAGAUGCAGUGUAUUGAGAUGCAGUGUAUUAAUGCAUUGUAUUGAGAUGCAGUGUGUUGAGAUGCAGUGUGUUGAGAUGCAGUGUAUUGAGAUGCUGUGUGUUGAGAUGCAGUGUGUUGAGAUGCAGUGUAUUGAGAUGCAGUGUGUUGAGAUGCAGUGUGUUGAGAUGCAGUGUAUUGAGAUGCAGUGUGUUGAGAUGCAGUGUAUUGAGAUGCAGUGUACAGGACUGGGAGAUACUGUUUGUUUGAAAGACGCUGUAUAAAUAAAAUUUGAUUUGCUUUCUUAUUGUGUUAUUGUUAGGUGAUGUUGUGUUAUUGCUAGGUGAUGUUGUGUUAUUGUGUUAUUGCUAGGUGAUGUUGUGUUAUUGUGUUUAUUGCUUCUAUUACUAGGUGAUGUUAUUUUAUGUAAUGUUGUUCUGGUCUCUGUUUUCAUCUCAUUCUGUUACAGUAUCACAUCUCUGAACUUGCUGCUCUCGUCUGACACUCUCUUCUCUGCUGUAUAAGUUUCCCUUGUAUUUUAAUAUAUAAUAUCUAUAUUAGCGUC